AUGCCGAAACUCGAGACGGCUGCAGAUCAACAAUACCUUCAUCAACUACCCAAGGUAUCUUUUAGGAUAGUCAAUGAGCAAGUCGGACCGAAGAGUAUUCCUUCGGAACAAAUCAGACAUUAUGGAUGUGUGUCUCCAUCCGACUUGACAUGGCAUACCGAUGGAUCGGAUUUCGAAAGACCUGAACAUUAUAUUCGAUACAUAGAACCGAUAGAAGCCGAGUUAGCUGUCCAGGUGGAAUAUGAUAUGGAUGAGCAGGACAAAGAAUGGCUAGACGCUGUCAAUGCCGAACGUACUAAAGAUCAGUCGGGUCCCAUCAGCUAUGAAGUGUUUGAGAUCAUCAUGGAUAAGUUGGAAAAAGAGUGGUUCAACCUUAUCAAACGCAUCCCUCAACCAGCCUCCCAUCUCCCCGUCGAAGAUUCCCGCUGUGCUGUAUGCGACGAUGGCGAGGGAGAAAAUUCCAACGCUAUCGUUUUCUGUGACGGCUGUAAUCUUGCUGUUCACCAAGAUUGUUACGGCGUGCCAUACAUUCCAGAAGGACAAUGGCUUUGUCGUAAAUGUACUGUCUCCCCCGAAAACCCUGUGUCAUGUCUCUUUUGCCCGAACGAGGGCGGGGCGUUCAAGCAGACUACCACUGGUCAUUGGGCUCAUCUCCUCUGCGCCAUUUGGAUCCCAGAACUCAUAGUUGGUAAUCCAAUAUAUAUGGAGCCUGUGGAUGGAGUGGAAACUAUACCGAAGAACAGGUGGAAGCUGACUUGCUCUCUAUGUCGCGAAAAAGUUGGAGCCUGCAUACAAUGCGCAGAUAGAAGUUGUUUCGUCGCUUUCCAUGUAACUUGCGCUAGACAACAUGGAUUGUUGAUGAGUAAUCGGACUCAUAAUACGGAUGAGCUGCUCAAGGCCUAUUGCCAGAAACACUUACCAUACGACGCCCGAGGGUCUGACAAUGAAGAUGACCUGGGGUCCGAGUAUACAGAAGACGACGAUGAGGACGAGGUUGAGGUCACCCGACCCUCUCGGCCUCGAAAAAAAUCUGCUCCACCUCACUGCCGAGCCACCGGACCAGUAACCACCAAAUCUGCCAGAGCUCACACCAAAUCUUAUCGUCCCGGACCACCCAUUGUCCCUCGCAUGGUCGUCAACAAGAUCGAAGAGUAUGUCGCAAAAAUAUCAAUACGAAAACGACGUCCGUUCUUAGAAAGAGUGUGUAGAUAUUGGAGUUUGAAACGGGAGGCUAGAAGAGGUGCUCCUUUACUCAAGAGGUUACAUCUUGAACCAUGGACCGCUUCAUCAGCUUCGCGUCAACAGUCCGAAGCUGACAAAGCUCGAAAGUUGAAGUUCUUACAGAAACUUCGUAUGGAUCUCGAUACUGUACGCACUCUGUGUGAAUCGGUCAGAAAGAGAGAAAAGGAGAAACUUCGACAGACCCAAGUUAUUAAAGAGAUCAUUGAUAGUUUCAUCUUUCCCUUGUAUGGGAAAUUACGCAUUACAUUGGAUAAGAUUUCUGCUAUCCCUACCUCGUCUUCUUGGCUCAUGUUUGUUACAUCCCGAAAAUCUUUCGCAAUAGCGAUGGACAAAGGGGAAUUAUUUCUUCGGCCUGUCAAUAUCAACGAAGUGCCCGACUAUGCCACAGUGGUGAAAGAACCUAUGUGCUGGUUGGAGAUUGAUGAUAGAUUGGAGAAAAAUACGUAUCUAAACAUCGCGGAAUUUAAAAGAGAUAUUUGUCUUGUUCUCGACAACGCAAUGUUGUACAAUAACCCCGAUACACCUUUUCACAAAACAGCUAAACGAAUCAAGAAUAACGCUCAACCUCUUCUCGACGAACUGGAUCAUUUGACUUCUCAUUCCGUAAAUAUCUCUCAGCAAUCUUCCAAUGAACCUCAAUCCUAUUCGACUGUGGGAGACCUGGAGCCUUCCGAAAUGCUUCUUCGAUGUCUACUAGAACAAUCGAAAGACGACGCAGGUCCUGAUAUCCUCGGAUCGAUAUUUGGUUUCGCAUUAGAAAAACCAAAACUUCCCACUCCGCAACUUCCGUCAAAAACCAAGAUUCCUAAGAAAGUUCUGACCGCAGCUGAACGAAAAGCGAAAUGGGAAGAAAGAGAGGCGAAACAUAAAGAGAUGAAAGAGAGAUUAGGGAGAAGUACAAGAGCUGCUGAAGCUGCCGAAAAGGCUUUAUACGAACAGGUGGGAUAUGUACCUUCGUCUGAUCAUGUGGACCCGGAAUCACUCACAACUUCGAAUCGUCGACGUAGUGGAAGAGUAAAGCUUGUAGAGAUUACGGAAGAUCAACAGUCGGUUCCGAGUGGUGAAGGUCAUUCGGGAGAUAUGGUCGUACGCGGUCAAAAGGGUAAACAAGGCAAAGGUAAGAAAAAGGAUGUUGAAAGUGGUGAGGUGGACAAGGAAGAUGAUAAAGAUGUUGAGGGAGGUGAAGGGGAUGUGGAAGAUGUCAAACCUCAGCAUAAAAAUCAACGUGGAGUAGCGGGUAUAGAGACGUUUGCUAUCUUGAGUGAUAAAGAACGUAGGAAGAGAGAAAGAGAGUUGGAAUUGGUAACGGAUCAAGUGGACUCUCAGGAUUUGUUCAAGAGGUUCAAUAUUGGUUGGGUGUUGCCGGAAGGAUCGAAGAGGAGGAGGUCGGAGAGGGUAGAGAUCGAUGUGAAGACGCCCAGCACGGGGAAGAGUCUCAAACCCACAUCUCGAUCGGAUCUCAAAGAAACCCCAGUCUCCAUCUCCAGACUCAACUCUGGUAGUCUUUCACCUCUUCCUCAAACCCCCGAUGCUCCUCAGGAUCAGGCAGAGAAGUCAAGUACGUCAAGAAAACGUAAAGCGCCAGAAAACGUAUCUGCGUCAAGAACAAGGAAGAAGUCUAAGUUUGAACCUGAUGUAAAAACGGUUUCUACACCUCGUACGAAUAAGAGGAAGCCAGUAGAGGAGGAAGAAGGUGAGGAAGAGGUCGAUAUCGACGAGGAGGGUGAGGAAGUGAAUACUGAUGAAGAUGAAGAAAUUGAAGAAGAGGGAAGUGUACAAGAUACAACUCCAGGACCAAUGUCGAAGUCUAGAUCAGGAAAGAAGAAAGGGGAUGAGAUGGAUGAUGAAAAGUAUCCUAAUGGGACUUUGGUAUGGGCCAAAACUUUCUCUUACCCUUACUUCCCGGCUGAAAUCUUGAACCCAAGUAUGAACGUCAAUGAAAUCCCGAGGUCGGUGAUGAAUAAAAAACCGUCCAAUAGAAAAACUUGGUUGGUGAGGUUUUACGAUCCCAGUAAUAGUUUCGCUUGGAUAGGUGAAGAUAGGUUAGAUUUACUUGGAGAAUCUGAUGAAAUCGACGAAAUGUAUAAUGCAGUGGGUAUCUUGCUUCCCAUCACUUGCUUCACCCGCCUCCUUCAUACUUCAUCAGCCCUUGGAAAAGAAAGAAAAGGUGGGAAAUCAUUCAAGACGAAUCAUAUUCGACAAGGUGUACGAAAGGCGUACAAGAUCGCAUUGAGUCAACGCGAGACAUACAUCUCACCUGAAGAACAAGAUCCAUUGGAUUUAGGUUGGAUGAGAGAAGCUUUAACAAUGGCGGAAGAAGCUUUGGCACAUGACGAAGUUCCUGUUGGAUGUGUUUUCGUUAAAGAUGGUAAAGCUAUUGCUAGAGCUAGGAACAGGACUAAUGAAUGGCGUAAUGCAACACUACACGCGGAAUUGGAAGCUAUAGAUCAUUUACUCCCCCAUCAUCCAGCUCCAUUGAAUAGUAUAACACUUUACGUUACCGUCGAACCUUGUGUCAUGUGCGCUUCAGCUUUGAGACAGAUUGGUAUUGGGAGAGUCUUGUAUGGUUGUGGUAAUGAGAGGUUUGGAGGAUGUGGGAGUUUGUUGGAUAUACAUUCAACACCACACCUCCCCACCGACCCACCUUUCGUAGCUCAAGGAGGAUACUAUCGCGAAGAAGCUAUCAUGUUACUUCGUCGAUUUUACAUGUCUGAGAAUUCGAAGGCCCCCCAACCAAAAAAGAAAACCACAAGGGUUCUCAAAACCAACAUCCCUCCUCCUCCCCCUUCCCGUCCUUCCUCAGCUCUGAAAAAUGUCCAAUCGACUCCAUCCUCCGCGUCUGCUCCAUCCACCACGUCUACUCUCACGCCCGAUUCUGAUCCGGGGGAGAAAUAUAAUGAAUCGAGUGAAGGUAGCACAACAGCCGGUCGAGGUAGACAGGGAUUACCGAUCGGUUCGACUUUAGUAGCUACUCCUAGAAAUAUGACUCCAUCUAGAUGAUAGUGUCACAAUGCUUGUUAUGCAUGUAAUGUGCAAUGUAUA